GCUGACUUUCACCGACGCACCGGAUGUUGAUCAAACAUGGCGGCGACCUUGUGGAUCCGCGAGACUCUGCUAUGAAUUAUAAUCAGAAGAAAUGAAGAUUUAUACAUGUUUAUAUUUCGUAUAUAUAAUUAAACUCUAGAAUCAGUCAUGUUCCCAGCACUAAAGAACGUGUUUUUGGGCUUUGUCCGGACAUCAAGCCUGCCAGAUGUCCUGCAGAACAACAUGAAGGUCCUGUCAGCGGGACUGAGGACUUAUGAAGUUCCACCAGACUUCAGCGACGUGGUUCUUCCAGAGAAGCCGAAACUGAAAUUCCUGGAAAAGGUCCCGAAUUUGAAACAAGCAAAGAAGGAGAUGAAGAAGCUGCGUGACAUCCAGGGACCGGCCAAAAGCGGCAAUACCUUCACCAAAGGACAGUACGGCAUUGUGGCUCUGGGUGGAGGAUACUUGCACUGGGGUCACAUGGAGAUGAUGCGGCUCACCAUCAACCGCCGCAUUGAUCCCAGCACCACGUUUGCCCUGUGGCGCUUCAGUGCCCCUCACAAACCCAUCACCCGUAAAGGACUGGGUCAACGCAUGGGCGGCGGAAAAGGUGCCAUCGACCACUACGUCACUCCAGUGAAAUGCGGCCGGCUGGUAGUAGAGGUCGGAGGUCGCGUCGAGCUGGGUGAGGUGGAGGCGGUGCUCACAGAAGUGGCCAAGAAGCUGCCCUUUCCAGCCAAGGUGGUGAGCAGGGAGAGUCUGGCGGCGCUGCAUCAGGAACAGGCCGAACGCGAGACCAACAACCAAAACCCCUGGACCUUCCAGAGGGUCGCGCGGGCCAACAUGCUGGGCAUUCGCAAAGUCCUGAGCCCGUUCGACAUUCACAAUCACGGACGCUACGCUGGGAAGUUUUACUACCCUAAAAGGGUGUAAUGUGUUUGAGAUAACACCUCAGAACUAUGUCAGCAGACAUCAUAAGAUGAGCAGGAUGUGGUGUGCUAAUAUCCUGAAUGUUAUCACUUGCUUUUGAGUUGUCUGUCAUUUACUUAUCAGACACGCUCUGCAAGACUGUGCAGGUUUCAUAACGCAAGUGAUAGAAGACACACGAAGUGAUCACCUGUUUACUUGAUAUGCUCUUUUAUCAAACAUGGAGUUUUGUGUGAGAAAAUGUUAAGUGCUGUAUAAAUGUUAAAUACAAUAUGUAAGGCAAAUAAAUGUGGUUUCUUUGUA